GGAUUGUUGUUGUUACUGCUGCUGUUCUUUCUCGUUUUUAUCUCUUCACCUGCACAACUACCUGAAGAAGAUCUGACCAAUCUUCCGGAUAAAAUGAAGUCUUUCAUUUCCUACCGCUCCGACUGCGAAUUUCCCAUCGAGAACCUGCCUUACGGAGUGUUUUCCACCGACACGAACCCAACUCCCCGAAUCGGUGUUGCCAUCGGCGACCAGGUUUUGGACUUGACUGUCGUGAAGCAUUUAUUUAAUGGGCCUCUACUCAGUGACCGGCAGGCAGUUUUCGACCAGCCAACCCUGAAUGAUUUUAUGGCUCUGGGUCAUCUUGCUUGGGCAGAGGCAAGAGCUGUUUUGCAAAGAAUUUUAUCAGCUGACGACCAGACUUUGCAAGGGGAUGCAUCGCUACAGGAUAGGGCGUUUGUGCCUCUGUCCUCGGUGAAAAUGCACCUUCCUUCAAACAUCGGAGACUACACAGAUUUCUACUCUUCCAUCCACCACGCGACUAACGUGGGCAUAAUGUUCAGAGGGAAGGAAAAUGCUCUCAUGCCCAAUUGGCAACACCUGCCCGUUGGCUACCACGGCCGCGCCUCUUCCAUCGUGAUAUCAGGAACCCCAGUUCGCCGACCACUCGGCCAGACUGUACCUGUCGAGGGACAGCCUCCAGUGUUUGGCCCCUGCCGUUUGCUCGACUUUGAGCUGGAAGUGGGUUUCUUUGUCGGGCCAGGAAACGAAUUGGGACAACCCAUCCCGGCUGAAAAAGCUCACGAACACAUCUUUGGCUUCGUCCUUGUCAAUGAUUGGAGCGCUCGUGACAUUCAAAAGUGGGAAUAUGUUCCUCUGGGUCCGUUCCUGGCCAAGAAUUUCGCCACCACGAUUUCGCCUUGGGUUGUUACCACCCUGGCUCUCUCCCAGUUCACCGUUCCAAACUUUCCACAGGACCCUGAGCCUCUGAGUUACCUGAAGCAUAGUGACCCUUUCAAUUUUGACAUUAAACUCGAAGUAGAUAUCAAACCCCCUGACGCUGCUCUUCCUAGCACAAUUGUGCGCUCAAACUACAAGUACUUGUACUGGACAGCAAAGCAGCAGCUGGCCCAUCACACGGUCACAGGCUGCAAUUUACGGCCGGGAGACAUGUUGGCAUCAGGCACCAUCAGCGGAGAGGAGCCAGACUCGUUUGGAUCAAUGCUGGAACUGAGCUGGAAGGGCACCAAACAGGUGCAGCUAAUUGGAGGCAGCACUAGGAAAUUCAUCCAGGAUGGAGAUGAAGUCAUUUUAAGAGGUUUUUGCCAAGGCGAUGGCUUCAAGAUAGGAUUUGGAUCGUGCGCUGGAAAGGUUCUCCCUGCACUCCCUGGAGUUUAAAAAGGAAUUCCAUUGUUCUUUGGUGAUAGUCGGUGUGUGGUGCGCAAUGGUGGUGCUUCAAUCAAAAUGAGAUAUACAUAUAUUUUCAGAUCUGAAUAUUUUUGCAUUUUUACAAACUCAAAUUAUUUUUGCUAUCAAUAAAAAGCAGUGAAACUGAA